GGGACUUCCUGUUGUCCCUAAUACCAGUCUCCACCCGGCUCCCCCGCCUUCUAGGUGCUUGCUGCAGAGACUACCUUCCCUGGGGAGGGGCCCUGCUGCCCCAGGUACCCCUUCCACCUCCACCUUGCCCAUUUUGUAGGAUCCCUGCAGAACUUUCUGCUCCUGGUGACAGGAAAUACUGGUUUCGAUUUAGCCCCCCAGCUGUCCUUGAGCCCUGAGACGUGAGGCUCCUCAGCUAUAAAGGGGACAGUACUCUACAGCAUUCUUUCGAAAGGAGGAAAUAAAAACCAUCUUUGGAGGCUUCUGGCCAGAAGCCAGAGGCGGGUUGGCUGGCAGUAGGGAGAACAACUUGCUGUUCUUCCUAGCUCUGAAACGGAAAAUGUCUACGGAUGGUGGAGGCGUCCCUGUUGCUGAGAACAAGGAACGCGCUCAGGAGAUUUCAGGUCGGGGCCGUCCCUGUCAAGACGUGCUUUCUCGGCUGGAGAAGACGGUGCCUUUGGGAGCUGCUCAGGCAUCGCGGCACAUCAAGUCGGAGCCGGAGGAGCUGGUCCCCGAGGGGGCCCCGGAGGAGGACAGGGCUCCAGGUGGAUGUGGUCGGGUGUCCCUGCGUCCCGGUUCUAAAGAGAAAGCUCUCUUCCUGCCUGGUGGAGCGCUUUCCUCAUCACGGAUCCCUGUGCUUUCCCGAGAAGGGAGGACCAGAGACCAGCAGAUGGCUGCAGCACUCCUCACAGCCUGGUCCCAGAUGCCUGUCACCUUUGAGGAUGUGGCUCUGUACCUCUCCCGGGAGGAGUGGGGACGGCUGGACCAUGCACAACAGAACUUCUACAGGGAUGUGCUGCAGAAGAAAAACGGGCUGGCCCUGGGAUCUCCCUUCAGCGGGCCUUUCUGGGCCCCACAAGUGCCUGGGAAGGUUGAGACCUCGAGCUCCAGCAGGCGGACAGGAGCCAAGGAGGAGGAGAGCGACCCUGGCUCAGGAGCUGUGGAGGUGGGGAAGGAGGCUCCAGCAGAGUCUGUGGUAGCCCUUGGGGACGUGAAGCCCUUCUUCAGGACAGGGUGGGUCGCAGGGCAGGUCCCCCAGUGCAGGCAGCAAGUCACCAGCGACCAGAAUGCGGGGUCCGCCAGAGACGCUGGGCGGCCGACUCCCGGGGAAGCGAGACGGCCCGCGCUAACCUUGCCUAACACCCGCACCCCAAAGGCCCUGGAGGGCUGCAUCCCAGAGAACCCCAGUGAAGAGGGGAAGGGCGCCCCUGCGAGCGGUGAGGGUCUGGCCGCUGAUGGCGAGGUGGGAAAGAGGAGCUAUCAGUGCGAGCAGUGCGGCAAGGGCUUCAGCUGGCAGUCACACCUGGUCACGCACCGGCGCACGCACACCGGAGAGAAGCCCUACGCCUGCACGGACUGCGGCAAGCGCUUCAGCCGCAGCUCGCACCUCAUCCAACACCAGAUCAUACACACAGGCGAGAAGCCCUACACCUGCCCCUCUUGCUGGAAGAGCUUCAGCCACCACUCCACGCUGAUCCAGCACCAGCGCAUCCACACCGGCGAGAAGCCCUACGUGUGCGACCGCUGCGCCAAGCGCUUCACCCGCCGCUCGGACCUGGUCACGCACCAGGGCACGCACACGGGCGCCAAGCCGCACAAGUGCCCCAUCUGCGGCAAGUGCUUCUCGCAGAGCUCAGCCUUGGUCACGCACCAGCGCACGCACACGGGCCUGAAGCCCUACCCGUGCCCCGAGUGUGGCAAGUGCUUCAGCCAGCGCUCCAACCUCAUAGCGCACAACCGCACGCACACAGGCGAGAAGCCCUACCACUGCCUCGACUGCGGCAAGAGCUUCGGCCACAGCUCGCACCUCACCGCCCACCAGCGCACGCACCGCGGCGUGCGGCCCUAUGCCUGCCCCCUGUGCGGCAAGAGCUUCAGCCGCCGCUCCAACUUGCACCGCCACGAGAAGAUACACAGCAGCGGGCCCAAGGCGCUGGCUGUGCUCAUGUUGGGGGCAGCGGCCGCGGGGACUCUGGCCGCACCCCCACCCGCCCCCACCUAGCUUGGUAGGAAGAGAGGGGCAGCGGGGCAGGCCCACUGAAGUGAGGGCCAGGGCCUUGGCGUGGGGAGCGGCGGGGCGAGGGAUGAGCUCUGGGGAGGUGCAGGUGUGGGGUGGGGAAUGGCAUCGUGGGAGGUGAGACGGUGCAGCGUGCCUCUAGCCAAAAAUUAAAGGCCUUAGAAUGUCGGCUGUGGCCUAAGCCUCUGUCUCGGGCGCUGGUGCUGACCCCCUGAGCGUGGUGGGAGAGGGGGCCGGGCCAGCUGUGUGUCGCCAUCCCCGAGUCACCACCCUGGGCUGGGGCACCCCCUCCUCCAAAGCCUUCCUUUUUUGUUUGUUUGGUUUUGGUUCUGUGGUGCUGAGGGUUGAACUCAGCACUGAGAUA